AUGACCGAAAAUUUGGCGAGUAACCAAAAUUUGAAACGACGUCGAACAUGGAGGGCGUUGCGCGCCACGGAUUUCGAAUCACUAAUGUACCCUAAUUUCUGUGUGAGUUUCAUCCUUGGGAUUUUCCCGUACAAGUGCGAAUCAUCCAGAUACGUGUUCUCGGGAACACGGUUCGCCUGCUCCUCGUUGGUGUUUUUCAUUUUCAUCAUUUUCACGUCCGUUUCGGUGUACCAAAUGAAUUUUGGAACUCUGACCUUCAACAACAUAUCCAGGACCACGUUCACGAAUUUUGGUUAUAUUUGGAAUGGAGGUAUCGUCGUGGCGAUGUAUAUACUUAGCCUGCCGAGGUUGCGCGUGCUUCAAAGUCUCGCGGAAAUGUCGCAGAUAUUAUCGUCGAAGGAUUUCGAUGAUCUCGGCAAACUCUUCCAUACGAAGGAUUUCCUCAGUUUCUUAUUCGUGAUUAUCCACUUGCCGAAUUGUUUUAGAACCAGUGUCUAUCACACCAUGCGAUAUCUCGUUAGUAUCUACAUGGUGUUGACGUGCCUUUCGUUGGAUAUGUUUUAUAUGAACUGCGUGUGCAUCCUAAAAGCUUGCUUCGGUAAGAUAAACGAAGGUCUUGGAGAAUUGAGCAGACCAACGGCGAAUGAUAACACUUGCGCGAAGAAUACGUUGCGCGACGGACGAGAGUGUUCGCUGUUGCUCGUUAAGUUGAAAUAUUUGGAACAGAAAUAUCUAAAUAUCAGCGAUGCUGUUCAACUGUUGAACGCGACAUUUUUCCUUCACAAUACGAUGUUGACAGUUUUAACGUUUGUAAUCGUCAUCUUUAAUGCGUAUUAUUUUAUUCUUUGGUUACACGGAGGGUAUACUGUUGACGUGACCGCACAGAUUUGGUACAUACAAUUCCUCUCGAGCGCGCUCCAUCACAUGCUAAAAUUCGUGAUGAUAAUUUGGGCCUGCGAGACUGCGAAAAAUCAGGCUUUGGAAAUUGGAACCACCGUUCACGAUGUUCUCGGCGAUACUACCGAUACGUUGGUAAAACAGGAGUUGGAGCUAUUUUCUCUUCAAAUUCUGCACCGAGACAAUACGUACUCUGCGAAACUAGUCACUAUGAACGCUGCUCUUCUUACGCAGAGAACGGAAGGUCAUUCUCGCAUGUUUAUAAAAGCCAAAAGUAUCGACGAGUAA